AUGUGGGCGGUAAAGGAAGGACGACCAUUCACUCCGAAGGAGCUAUUGGAGAUGCAGGGAGUGCCAUUGCUUCCGGACUCAGUGGCGGCUGCUGGCUUGAAAGACGGUGUUCCGCCAUUCUCGGCGCAUGUGCUGUCGCCUUCGGCUAUGCGGCGGUUAGCGGGCAAUUCGUUUAACCAGCCGUGCUGGUGUGCCUUUUUUGCGUUUGUGUCUGCUAUGUUGGAAGCAGCGUAG